AUGACUGACACAGAGUCAAGAUAUGCACAAAUAGAGAAGGAACUUCUUGCAGUUACCUUUGCUUUAGAACGCUUCAACAACUACACCUGUGGAUCGCAGGCACUAACUGUAGAAAGUGAUCACAAGCCGUUGGAAGCCAUACUAAAGAAACCCCUAUCUCAAGCGCCACCUAGGUUACAGAGAAUGCUUCUACGUCUACAACGCUAUGAUUUCACUCUAAUCUACAGGCCAGGCAAGGAAUUAGUAGUAGCGGACACACUUUCUCGUGCAUAUCUUCCCAACAAGGAUGGGAACAUGGAUGAAGAACUCAAUUGUCAUGUACACACUGUUUUGAACAGUCUACCUGUCUCUGUCAAUAAAAUGGAUCAAAUUCGCACUCGAACAGACGAGGAUGAACAACUCAGUCAAGUUAAGGCAUUGAUAGAGAAUGGCUGGCCAGAAAAUAAAAAUGUUCUAACAAAAAACCUACAAGAGUUUUGGAAACUUAGAAAUGAACUAACUAUCAACGAAGGCAUAGUGCUCAAAGGAGAAAGGAUAGUAAUUCCGGAAAGUCUCCAAGAUGAAAUACUGUCAGAUCUUCAUGUAGGUCACUUUGGUAUAGAAAAAACCAAACUCAGAGCCAGAAGUAUUGUUUAUUGGCAUGGCAUGAACACUGAUAUUGCUGACAUGAUAUCAAGGUGUAGUACCUGUAUGGAUAUGAGGAACAACAAUCAGAAAGAACCUUUGAAGCCAACACCUGUACCAAGUGGACCGUGGCAAGUUGUGGGAACCGACUUAUUCUCAUGGAACCAGUCAGACUUCCUGAUAGUCACUGAUUACUAUUCCCGAUACUUUGAGGUAGCAAAGUUGGAGAACACUAAAAGUGUAACAGUAAUAACACACCUGAAAUCUAUCUUUGCACGACAUGGAAUACCGUUUGAAGUGAGGAGCGACAAUGGUCCACAAUAUUCCUCAUCCGAAUUCAAAACAUUUGCGACAAAGUGGAAGUUUAAACACACAACAUCAAGUCCCUAUUUGCUCAAGCGAACGGCUUUGCAGAGAAAUCUGUACAAACCAUGA